AUGAUUUCUCAAGAGCCAUCCACAGGGUCUAAACCCGCCAUUGAAAAUGUGCCCACCUCAACGCAUGCCGAGGACCAGACGCCAGAUCCUACAUGGAAGUCCAAAAAUGCCACCGACGGGGACACGGCAAUGGCACUUUUCAACGACCCAGAUGAGCUCCACGAAGAGGUCGAUCCUGAAGAGGCAAGAAAGCUGUUGCGCAAGAUUGACUUGAUGAUCUUGCCAUAUCUGGCCGUCUGCUAUGCGUUUUUCUACAUCGACAAGACGACUCUAAGCUAUGCGGCUAUCUUUGGCGUUCGGGAUAAUUUGAAACUGCAUGGCACACAGUAUAAUUGGCUGAGCAGUAUUUUCUACUUUGGCUUUUUGGCGUGGGCGUUUCCUACGAAUUUUCUGAUGCAAAGGCUUCCGAUUGGCAAAUAUCUCGGUGCGAAUAUCUUCAUGUGGGGUGUGUUUCUCAUGAUUCAAGCGGCUUGUAAUAGCUUUGAGACGCUCGCUGCUCUACGAGCGCUCGGUGGUGCUGCCGAGGCAUGUUCCGACCCUGCAUUCAUGCUCAUCACCAGCAUGUGGUAUACACGACGAGAGCAGCCAGUUCGGAUCGGAUUGUGGUAUACUGCCAAUGGACUUGGUAUUGCGCUCGGCGGUCUCUUGGGCUAUGGCAUUGGUCACAUCCGAGGUGCGCUACCUUCAUGGAAAUAUGAGUUCAUCGUGAUUGGCGCUCUAUGCUCGGCCUGGGGAAUGAUCAUGUUCAUCUUCCUACCUGAUUCACCAGUGAGCGCUCCAGGUCUAACUCAGAGGGAGCGCCGCAUUGCGGUCGAACGUAUUCGAGAGAACCAGACGGGCGUGGAGAACAAGCAUUUGAAGCCAUACCAGAUUUUGGAAGCAUUCAAAGAUUACAAGCUUUACAUCUUCUUCAUGUUGGGCGUGGUUUGUAACAUUCCUAACGGUGGUAUCUCGAAUUUCGGAACUAUCAUCAUCCAAGGCUUUGGCUUUUCGACCCUCGUGACGACACUGAUGCAGAUCCCAUACGGUGUUCUCAUCGCACUCUCAAUUCUGGUCUGCGUCUACCUGAACGAUCGGUAUGAGAACCGCAGAUGUAUUUUCAUCUUAAUUUUUCUCAUCCCCAACAUUGUCGGGGCAUUCGGCCUCCGAUUUGUCCCUGCGGACCGUGGGGUCGGUAGGCUAAUCUGCUAUUAUCUGACUGGGCCUUAUAACGCGGCUUUUGUGCUGGUUCUUAGCAUGCAAAUUGCAAACACUGCUGGACACACCAAAAAGGUCGUCACCAACGCCGUCCUAUUUCUGGGAUACUGCACAGGUAACCUCGCAGGACCAUUCUUCUACAAGACCGAUCAAUCACCAACAUACCCACUCGGAAUCUGGUCCAUGAUUGUAGCACAUCUGAUCGAAGUGGUACUCGUUUCGGCACUAGGCCUUCUUCUUCGUUGGGAGAACCACAAACGGGACCGGAUUCAGUCUCAAAUGCCUGGGGGGCUGGAAGGGCGGGAUCUCGAUGCUACUGCGUUUUUGGACUUGACGGAUCGGGAGAAUCUGAAUUUUCGGUAUAUCUACUGA